UUGUCGGAAAAUAACCCCAAAAUAGCUAGCGAUCCAGAGAUUCAUCCGCUUCCUUUGGAAUCACAACAAAUACGGAUAACUCUCUAAACUCCUGAUUCUUUCUUUUCACAGAGAUUUGAAACCAUGUCCAACAACAAAAAUCAAUCCAAUGGUUCCGGCUCGGCGUCUAGAACCGGAGCAGACUCUCCCUUCCUCCACAAGGCACGCUCAGGUAAAACAGAGAUCAGAGAACUCGAAGCAGUGUUCAAAAAGUUCGACGUGAAUGGAGACGGUAAGAUCUCCUCCAAAGAGCUCGGUGCAAUAAUGACAAGCCUAGGUCACGAGGUUCCAGAGGAAGUGCUGCAGAAGGCCAUAACGGAUAUCGACCGUAAAGGAGACGGUUACAUAAACUUCGAGGAGUUCGUUGAGCUGAACACGAAAGGGAUGGAUCAGAACGAGGUGUUGGAGAAUCUGAAAGAUGCGUUCUCUGUUUAUGAUAUCGACGGGAACGGGUCGAUCUCGGCGGAGGAGCUGCAUGAGGUUUUGAGGAGUCUUGGAGAUGAGUGUUCGAUCGCGGAGUGUAGGAAGAUGAUUGGUGGUGUGGAUAAGGAUGGUGAUGGGACGAUUGAUUUUGAGGAGUUUAAGAUUAUGAUGACGUUGGGAUCAAGGCGUGAUAAUGUUAUGGGAGGUGGUCAGAGGUAGAGUUUCAUGGCUUCAUCCUCCUAGCUUUCUCGGUUUCGUCAUCCAUUGUUGAUUAUUCCACCAUUGUUUCAGUCUUUUUUUUUCUUGUUCUUUGGGAUUUUUCAUGCUAAAGUUAUUCUUUUAUAAAAACAUUUAAUGUAACUCUUUUUGUUUUAUCUUCAGUUCUGCUUAUUAACUUGAUGCAUAUACAGUGAAAUAAGUGGAUAUAAAUAAUAACCAUUUUUGUGUGUUUUA